GGUCAACGGGAGCCAAACUAUUACUCGCAAACAAGUUCCGAAAUGUCGUCUGUUCCGCACUCUCCGCAGCUGGGCGUCGACUAUGGCUCGCGAAUGGAGGGUGGCGUUUUUGGCGCUGUGGCGCGGGCCAAUGAACGCAAGCGAGCAAAGUUAGCGCGCGACGACGCCGCAAGGGUGGAGGCAAAGGCGCGGAGGCAACGCUAUGAGCAGCAACGCGCAGCCCGGGAUGCCGCGAAAGCUGAGGCCCUGCUCCCGGCCGAGCUGCAGGCAUUGACCCAGUCCUCGCAGCUGGUCCCGGCUGAGCAGGUGUGCGGCCUGCUGACAGACGUCAACGGCGGCGUGCCACCCCGUGUGGACGAGGUGAUGCCGGUGCUGCUGGAGUGUGGAGCCGACCCCGCCACCGGGGCCCUGCCGGCGCCCAUGCUCACGCAGGUGGUGGUGGCGUGGAACCGGCGCGUGCAGCACUCAUGAGCUCUACACGGGCGGCGGCAACCACUGCUGCUGGUCUGAGGGUGCGACGGAACGGACAGAGGGAACAUACGAAGGCACGAGGCGGUUGCCGCCGCUGCCUCGCGCGGUGGCGUCCCUGGCCCGACACCGGAGCAAGUGCGUGUGUGCAAGAAGAAAAGUGUGUGUGGAAGUGUGCGGGCGCUGUGCGGGUGCGGUGGUCAUGGCUGUGGGAGAGAAAGAAGCUGGGGGGGAUGCGGGGAGUAGGCGGUAUUGUGGUGGCGGCAGCGGCCAGCGCGGUGUUCGGGAAGCGAGCUGCACAGCUGACCAGGCGUGUCCCGGCGCCGGCGCUUGGAGUGAAAGGUACAGUCGCGGCUGCGGCAGUCCAGAUCCGGUCGGAGCGACCCGCGGCGGGUUUUGGCUGCGGUGAAAGCUGAGGGCGCGCUGUCAAAGAUCGGCUGGCGACU